GGAGGAAGAGGAGGAGGAGGAGGGAUGAGGCGCGCGGCGGAGGGGAAAUGGCUGCCGAAAACAAGCCGGAAGGACUGAAGAAGAUAAGAAAUCCAGAGCGAAUGGUCAGGAUUGCCGUUGGUUACACAGGACACACCCCUCCCAAGAGUGAUGACACUGACGCCAACAAUGAGCCAGGCCAGUUGAAGAUCUACCUUCCUAAGAAGCUGCUAGAGUGUCUACCCAAAUGUUCCUCUCUGCCCAAGGAGCGCCAUCGCUGGAACACCAACGAGGAGAUUGCUGCAUAUCUCAUCACUUUUGAGAAACAUGAUGAGUGGUUGACGACAUCGCCAAAAACCAGGCCUCAAAAUGGCUCUAUGAUCCUCUACAACCGUAAGAAGGUGAAGUACAGGAAGGAUGGCUACUGCUGGAAGAAAAGGAAAGAUGGGAAGACCACCAGAGAGGAUCACAUGAAGCUCAAAGUCCAGGGAGUAGAGUGUCUGUAUGGCUGCUACGUCCACUCCUCCAUCAUCCCCACCUUCCAUCGUAGAUGUUAUUGGCUGCUGCAGAACCCAGACAUUGUGUUGGUGCACUACCUGAAUGUACCGGCAGUGGACGACAGCGGGAAGCCAUGCGGCCCGGUCCUCUGUUCCAUUAACACAGACAGGAAGGAGUGGGCCAAGUGGAGCAAGGAGGAGCUCAUUGGACAACUCAAACCCAUGUGUGCUGGAAGCAGCCUGCAUCAGAAAUGUUCCAGUGUCAAGCAGCGCAUCAUCUCAUCCAAGCAGGAGUCAGGGGCAGCAGCGGGAGGUGGAGCUGCAACGGGCAUGGGCGUAGUGGCAGGCCAGAGAGCUGAGGAAGCAGAUGGCACAGAGGUCCAGAACAGCGAUGUGUCAGAGGGCCAGACAGAGCCCAGUCCUGGAGGGGGCAGGAGCCGAGCGGGUGGAGGAGAGAGGAGGAAUGGCAGGAUAACCAAGCCCUCCCUACUCCCACAGAGCAGCAUGGAAGUGUCCUCCUCUACUUCCACCAACCAGGUGGAGGUCCCUGACACCACCCAGAGCUCUCCAUUGUCAAUCACCAGUGACAUGGCUGAUAGCCCCGCUCUCGCCAUUGGGGCUGGCUUGUCACAGAGCACAGCUGUGUUCAUGUCUGAGGUCACAACGCUUACUGGGGAUUCGGUUUACUCUGCUGGCCACACCCACCUGCUGGCAUCCACCCAUGAGAGCACCACCGCUGGCAUCCUGUUGGCUGUUGCCCCUGACAACCAGAGGUUUGCGUCAUUUCCUGGUGGCAUGGGCUUAGGGGAGGGAGGAGAGUUGGUUCUAUCCAGCUCUCUAGACUCUGGUGGAGGAGUCAGCCUUCCUGAGACCACCAUGACUUUUGACCCUGAUUGCUUCCUCAACAAUCCCAAGCAGGGCCAGACGUAUGGAGGAGGUGGAGGGAAGGCUGAGGGAUGUAACGGUGAUGAUGGAGGACUCAACUGUUCCUCUAACAACUUUGUCUACAACCCAGCUCUUGUCAACAACAUCAAGACAGAACCUACACCCCUGGAGCCGCCGCUGGCCGCUCAGAGCAGCUAUGUAGGAGAAGGGACAGGCCUCAGCCCCAGCACCACCCUGGAGCAGAUGGACUUCAGUGCUGUGAUGUCAUCAGCCUGUGUCCCGAGUCUGACCCAGCCUGCGCACCACCCCUCCCCUGGCCUCUUCCUCCAGGCUUCCCCCCAGACAAGCCAGCCCUCCCAGCUGCAGACCAAUGGUACUGAGGCGACCCAGGAAUCAGGCGAGGCCCAGGCUUACAUAGGCCUGCCCACGGUGCCAACAGACACUCCAGUCACCAAUGGAGACCCGCAUACACACCUCCACCAAACCAGCCCGGACCAGCAGGGCCUUUGUGGAAGGAACGGACAAGAAGCGGCGGUGGGCUCUUUUCCUCUAACACCGCAGGAUACGACCGCCGACCAGUCAGGCAGCAGGGGACAUCGAGAAGUCUUAGACAAGACUUCCGAGAAUGGAGGGGAGUUGCUACUCAAGCCUGGGGAUCCUCACGAGGCCUACACGAGUGUUGACACCGAGCACUACCUGCAACCCACAGAUGACAAUGGAGGAGGAGAGGAGGGCGGGGGAGGUGGCGGAGCGGUGGGAAGAGGGGAAAAUGAGAUUCUCUGUAAUGGUUUGAGGGUUCUGGAGGUGGGGUGGGGGCGGCUGUGA